UCAACGAAACUUCCUAUUACAAAAUAAAAUCUUCAUCUCCUACAUUCUUUGCUUAUUUCCCCUUCUUCAAAUCAAAGAUGAACAAUACCCAAUUAAUCUCUGCAAUUUCCAUUUUUCUGAUUUCAUUUUUGCCGGCGAUUAUCCCCAGCCAACAGCCCUACAUCCGACAGGCCACGUCAGCAUGCGAGAUCAAAGACAACUCGACUUCCGUCCUCGGCUACACCUGCAACGGCGCACGCCGACGCAGCAGCUGCCAAUCAUACCUCACUUUCCGGUCAACCCCCCCGUACGACACCCUCUCCGCCGUUUCGGCCCUCUUCUCCGUCAACUCGUCCCAGCUAGCUCAGCUCAACUCGGUCCCCGAAACAAACACGGCGGUAUUCGAAGCAGACAGAAUGGUUCUCAUCCCGGUGACCUGCUCCUGCUCCGGCGAGCACUACCAGGUCAACGCCUCCUACGUCGUCCGGCAGGACGACACGUACUUCGGCAUCGCCAACGCCACCUUCCAGGGCCUGUCCACGUGUCAGUCCCUCGAGACCCAGAACGGUGACCCGACCCGGUAUAUAUUCCCCGGGUCGAGAAUCACGGUUCCCCUGAGAUGCGCUUGCCCCACCCAGAACCAGUCCGACGCCGGGGUCAACUAUCUGCUGAGUUAUCUGGUGACGUGGAACCAAUUCGUUUCCUCCAUAAGCGCGUUGUUCGGAGUUGACACCGGUCAAACCCUCGCCGCCAACACCCUGUCGGAGACGGAUUUCAACAUCUACCCAUUCACCACUCUUCUCAUCCCACUCCGGGACCCUCCCACGAGUUCUCAAGUCACGGGGCCUCAGCCUCCUCCGCCGCCGUCUACGGCGGCGGCCGUCCCUCCUCCUCCGGCGAGCGGUGGCGGCUCGAGCAAAAAAACAUGGGUUUUCGCGGCGGUCGGCGCUCUUGGUGGGAUUGUUCUCGCUUCGGCUGUCUGCUUCUUCUUCUUCCGUAAACAUAACCGGAAAUCCAAACCCGCUACGGACUCGUCUCGAAACUUCGAAUCCAUCGAAAAACCGCUCCGGAAAACCGAGCAACACGAAAACGAAGAUGACAGCUCGCAGUUAUCCCAAGACUUUCUUGAAAGCAUUUCGAGCAUAGCACAGUCUCUCAAAGUCUACCCUUUUCAACAACUCAAAUCCGCCACGCAAGAUUUCAGCCCCGGUUCGAAGAUCAAGGGCUCCGUUUAUCUCGGAACAAUCAACGGCGAUCUGGCCGCGAUCAAGAAAAUGAACGGUGGAGACGUGUCGAAAGAAAUCAAUCUCUUAAACAAGAUCAACCACUUCAAUCUCAUCCGUCUAUCGGGCGUCUCCUUCAACGAGGGCCAGUGGUACCUCGUCUACGAAUACGCCUCAAACGGAGAACUCAGCGAUUGGAUCCAUCGCAAGAGUGAAGAUCAAAGGACUAACGAUACCAUGAAUUGGAAUAAAAGAUUACAAAUCGCGCUCGAUAUUUCGGCUGGAUUAAACUACCUCCACCGCUACACUUCGCCACCUCACAUCCACAAAGACCUCAACAGCAAAAACAUCCUUCUCGACGAAAAUUUCAGGGCCAAAAUCUCCAAUUUCGGCCUAUCGAGAUCCACAGAUCACGGAGAGGAAGGUCAAUUCGCACUAACGCGCCACAUAAUCGGGACGAAAGGGUACAUGGCCCCCGAGUAUUUGGAAAACGGUAUAGUCUCUACGAAGAUGGAUGUUUAUUCGUUCGGAGUUGUCAUGCUGGAGAUUCUCACCGGAAAAGAAGUCUCGUUUUUCGAGAUGGACCCGUCGGAGGUUUUAGCUCCGGCGGUGAUGUCUGACGACGGACACGAAAACCUCAGAAAGCUGAUUGAUCCCAUUUUGCAAGAGAAUUAUAAUAUUGAUCUUGUUCUUGUGUUGUUUAAGUUGAUCCAUCGUUGCCUCGAGAAAUCUCCAACAAACCGCCCGGAAAUGGAUGACGUUUUUCAGAGCCUUUCGAGGAUUUCGACUUCGGCUUCGUCUGGUGAAUGGGCAGUUAGCAUACCAGACAAAUCAAACUAUGCUUAGAUUACUUAGAUUAAGAUGAUUAAAAUAAAAAUAAAAAAGCAAUCUUUUUUCAGUUUUAUUUGCUC